AUGAAGCAAAUACCAUCGAGGUUGCUCUGGAGAGCUGCACGACCGCGAUUGCAACCUUCCCUGUUGCUAGGCCGACCUCCCUUCGCCAGCAUUACUGCUCGUAGAUACGCCUCAACCACUGACAGACCCUCGACUUGGGGCUCACGUAUCAUCAAUGUCUGCUAUGGCGCUACUCUUGCCCUGGGCUUAGGCAUCGUCUAUCUUUACGUCACAGACACAAGAGCCAGUGCCCACCGCUAUAUUGUCAUUCCUGCUCUCCGGUUCAUUUACAAGGAUCCAGAAGAAGCUCAUCAUGCUGGAAAUCAAGCCUUGGAGACACUGUGGGACCUGGGCCUCUACCCACGAGAACGGGCUGACCUCGACCAGAAGGGGGACCUUGAAGUCGAGGUCUUCGGCCGGAUUCUCAAGAACCCAGUCGCGACUUCAGCGGGUAUUGACAAACAUGCCGAUAUCCCUGAUGCCCUUUUUGCCAUUGGCCCGGCCAUCGUCGAGAUUGGAGGAACGACACCAUUGCCUCAAGCGGGCAAUCCAAAGCCCCGAGUAUUUCGGCUGCCAUCUCAAGAGGCCAUGAUCAAUAGAUAUGGCCUGAAUUCCGAAGGCGCAGACCAUGUGGCCUCUAGACUACGGACCCGGGUGAGGAAGUUCGCCUAUUCCCUAGGCUUGGGCAGCGAUGAGGUUGCCGAGAAGGCUGUCCUAGACGGUAUCGCUGGCGUGCCUCCCGGGAGCUUGGUCCCUGGCAAAAUGCUUGCCAUCAACAUUGCCAAGAAUAAGGUCACCCCGGAGGACGAUGUCGAAGCUGUGACGAAGGAUUAUGUGUAUUGUGUGGAGAAACUCGGCCCUUAUGCCGACAUCCUGGUCGUCAAUGUUUCCAGUCCCAAUACUCCAGGACUUCGGUCACUGCAGCAAGCUGACAAGCUUCAAACGAUCCUGAGCGGUGUGGUCAAGGCUGCUCAUGCUGUUGAUCGGCGGACUAGACCUGCGGUCAUGGUCAAGGUCAGCCCGGACGAAGACUCAGAAGCCCAAAUUGCCGGAAUCUGUGAUGCAGUUUGGGCUGCUGGAGUGGACGGGGUUAUCGUUGGAAACACUACCAACCGGCGGCCUCAAGCGCUUCCACACUUGCCGGAAUGGUCUCCAUUAGAAAAGCAACAUCUGCUCGAAACGGGCGGUUUCUCAGGUCCUCACUUGUUCGACCGGACAGUGGCACUGGUCAAGAAAUACAAGAAAUUACUGGCAGAGCAGCCUGCUCAAGUGACGCCUGUUGAGAGACAAAAGGGCGCCGUGGAAGCGGAAACCGAGAAGAUCAAAGCCGAACUUGCAGCCAGUUCGGAGUCACCGUCGACGCCAGAGCCUGACGCUGUUACCACGUCGAUCGACACUGGUGUCAUUCCUGUUGUUCCAGUCCCCGAAAUCUCUUCUUCGGAGCAGCAGCCUCUCAUCGAACUCCCACAAGAGCGCUUGUAUGAUAACCCACAAUCAGAAGAAGAUACACCAGACUCGAGUUCUCAAUCUGAUGAAGGCCCAGCUAUUGAGUCACCUGAAGAGACCGCUCAGUUAGAGGGGAUCAAAGAAGCCUUGGACCGAUUACCGCCAAAAGCACAACGCGAUGCUAUGGACCAGCUUGGAACAGAGAUUCACCUACCGCCUUCGGACUCUCCGAAAGUGAUCUUCGCAACUGGUGGAAUUACAAAUGGUAAACAAGCUCUGGAAGUUCUCAAUGCCGGUGCCAAUGUUGCCAUGGUCUACACUGCCCUUGUCUACGGCGGAGUGGGCACGAUAACGCGAAUGAAAGACGAGAUGCGGGCAGAGAUGACACGGCAAGCGGAGGAAAGACGCUCAGAAGUGCAAAAGUAA